AUGGCAGGCAGGGAGGACACUGUUGCUGCCUACUGCGCAAACCUUGCGGCGACGUACGAACGUCUGGCGCACGUGUUGGCGGUUCCUCUUAUCGAUCAGGAGUUGUACUCUUGCCUGUUUCUGCAUCCCCUCCUCCAUGAACACUGUGCCGAAGCGAGGGGGUUCUCUGUCAACGGUGCCGCAGCAAGUGCGGCGAGCUUCUCACCGAAUGUUUCGGCCGUGGAUCACCGCGGUGAUGCACUCGUCGCACUUGGCGGUAUGGAACUCUUAGUGGCGGCGUUGCGUGCUCAUGAGCAGCAGACGCUGCUGGUGAUGCAGGCCAUCGCGUUGCGGGAGAGUGUGAUGACGCGCAUAUGGGCGUGCUGCGGCGCCUACGACGACGGCCAGGCCAGCUUAGAAGCGGCGCAGUACACCGUCUUGUGUCUGCUGGAGGAGCACCAAAUAGUGACAAUGCUCACGGUGGAGUCGGUGGAGGAGUGGCGCCAGGUGCUGAACCGGCCGUACCCAUUUCUGCUCAAAAACGGCGACAAUUACCUGAUGAACAUCGUGCAUGACUGUGCCGCACUGGGGGCCACCGCGGUGGUGCGGUCGCUCUCGCACGUGCACCUCGAGCGCGAUCCUAUGUGCGCCAAGGUCGAUCUACGCCGCUUGCUGCACCGGCUGGAGAUCAAGCAUCGCACCCGCCUCGUGAACUCUGGUGCCAUGUGGAAACUGGGGUUGUACCCACUCCGGGUCAUCACCUCUAGCCAACCGCCCACUAGCAGCGCGGCUGGCAGCGCGUGUGGCAGCUACGUCAGCGCGGCACCACCGUCAACAUGCACAGUCCCUAAGGCGAACGGCGGCGCACCUGAGACGCCGUCCUACGCGGGUACUUCACUGGACUUUCUCACGGAGGUGACGCGGCUCACUGAAGGCUUGCACAAGACAGGGGGUAGACAUCGCGCCCUGCAGCCUCUCCCAUCUGCCUCCGCAUCCACCUCCACGAUUGCUGCGGGUGUCUCUAGCAGCUCAGGCACUACCGCAGCGCUUCACCGCCUUCCUCUUCCCUCGCCGCGCGGAGACGCGGCGAUGCAGCAACAGAAGCAGCGUCGGUUGCUUACUGCGACCCAAGUGCUGGAAAAGGAGGCGUCUGUGCAGCGCAUGCUGAUCAAGGACCUCUACGAUUUGGCGCACGAGCAGGAGUGCUUUGUGCCACUCUUGGACGUGACGGGGCUAUUCAGACCGCGCGACUGCGGGACAGCAGAGAAGGACAUCCCGGAAGACAGCUGGCCUCUAGACAAAGCAGCGUGGCCGUCCCUUGCCACGAUGGAGCGGCGCGUGGACCGGCUGAGCUGCAUGUCGACGGCACGAGAGUCGCUGCAGACAAGGCACUUGCUUCCUGCUUGGGAGCGCCGCAUGAGCAGCAGCAUUGCUGAUUUAGCCACGUCAACCGGCACCCGCUCAACGACCCGCACAACCUCCGCUUCCUUGCUCACCGAGGGUUCUCUGGCGCCCUUUCAGCCCAUCUCCACUCGGGCAGCUCCGCGUGGCUCCGUCAUGGCAACGACGACGACGCGUUCCCCUCGCCAGGCAGACUCGCUGGAGGCAAGCGACGACACGGACAGUGAGACCUUCAGAAUGCAGCGCGAGCACACGAGCGUGCCGAGGGAGGAUGCCACGACUCACGCCACAUUCGUCCCCGCCUUCCACUCAGCGACCUCGGGGUUUCCCUCGUCGACUGCGGUAGCUCACGCUGCCACGGUGACUGCUUCCCAAGCCAGGCAUGCGUCUUCAAGUUCUUCAUCGCUAUGUUCGUCUGGAGCUAGGUCUUCAUCUUCGUCCUCACAAUCGCCAUCGCGCAAACCGUCGCUCGAGGAGCUGCGCCAGCAACUACUGACGGAGCACGGACUCAACUCCGGCUUCGCGACUAUGGGUCGCUAG